AAAAAGAAUCUCUUAUCCGCUGCCCAUCUGUCGUUCCUUUAUCCGAUCCUCCACUUCAUCGGUUAUUUGCUGGCUCUCAAAGCUUCUCUUCUGUCGUCAUUUCCUUCUAUCUUUCCUUUCCCUAAAAAGCUUGUUCAUAUUCCACUUAUAUUAGUCAAUCAAGACUUUUCUUCAACGUCCAUAAAUUCUUGAUUCUCGAGAAAUUUUGCUCUGAUCGCUGAUCAAAACCGUUCUUUGGUUGUUGAUACGUACAGUAAUACUGCCUGUUUAGGAAAUCUCUUCAGAGGAAAGAUGGUUUCGUUGCAAGGACCGGUGAUUUGCCCGGCCGUUCGGAGCAAGCAAGUUGGGGUUUGCACGCUGCCGGUGAAUGGGCCUUUCCCAAGGGCAAGAUUGCAUAGAAGUGAUAUAUGGGGAUAUCGAGGGGUAACUGAUGGAAAGAGUAAGGCGCGUGCUAUUUCUCGUCAACUCAAAUUACGGAAGUGCAAGACCACGGUGCAGUGUAGUUUCGGUUCAUCUUCAGAUGGGAAUGGAAGCAUGGCCGAGAAUUUCAAUGAAAACGACGAGGAUUAUGUUAAUUCCAGUGUGGUUGAAGCUGUUGAGGUGAGGAGUGUAGCUGAUGGAUAUAUGAUCAAAAUGAGGGAUGGUAGGCGUUUAAAGUGCGUCCAGAACAAUCCUCAAGGUGGGCAUCUACCGGAUUAUGUACCGCAUCCUGCCAUCGUUCUGAAGAUGGAAGAUGGGACUGGUCUUCUUCUCCCAAUCGUUGUUUUGGAGCUGCAAAGUGUAUUGCUUAUGGCAGCAAUGCGCAAUGUCCAAAUUGCUAGACCUAUUAUGUAUCAAGUAGUGAAGGACAUGAUUGACAAGAUGGGCUACACGGUAAAGCUUGUCAGAGUUACUAAAAGAGUGCAUGAUGCCUAUUCUGCUCAGUUGUACCUCACAAAGGUGGGUGAUGAAACAGAAUCUGUCAGUUUUGACCUUUGGCCUUCUGAUGCCAUCAACAUUGCUGUGAGGUGCAAGGUACCUAUACAAGUGAACAAGUACUUGGCAUACAGUGAUGGGAUUCGAGUGAUUGAAUCAGGGAAGCUUUCAAUGCAGUCCCCAGCUUCAGAUGGCUUAUUAUUCACUGAACUAGACCGACCAAGUGGUCAGCGUUGUCUAGAUACGGAGGAGUUCAAUAUUGUCUGCAACUUAUAUGAGGCUAUUAAUCAGGAACGCUACAAGGAUGCUGCUGACUUGAGGGACAAACUUGGUGAGUUUCGGGCUCAAAGGAACUUGAGGAAAUACACAUGACAGGAAUUAAUGUUGGAAGCUGAUCAGAAACUGGGUAGUGGCAUUGUAAAGCAGUUGUCUCAUCUUGUACCAAAUAUGUAUAUAACAAUUUCUGUGAAUAUAAUUGUACAGAUACAGUUAAAAUUGGUGAUGUAAUAUUUAAGCCUCUGAUAUA